AUGAACUACUCCACAUGGUCAAUCUGCACAGCCCACCCCUCUUACCCCCUUUUCAAACUUACAAUAAGCGCGCCAGACAACAACGAUACAGACUCCUCUGACGAGUUUCCACUGAUUGAGGACCUCAUCGACGUUGCCCGGUACAGACCAGUGGUGGAUCUACAGCCGCAGCGCCGUCAGCCACAGGAGGUCAUCGACUUAACAGCCAUUGACAGUGAUCCUGACAGUAUUCACGAUGGCGAGGAGUGGGAAGGUUUUUCGGACAACCUAGUCAGGCUUGACGGCAAAGAUUCCAAGGGCGAGGCGUCUGGCAGCAAAGAAGAUUCCGACUACGAAGAUUCCAACGGCGUAGCCUCCGACAGCAAAGAAGAUCUUGACCGCAAAGACUCUAAAGAGUCUGAUCUCAGUAUCCCAAGCGUUGGUGAUAAUUUCACUCGCUUCAUGUACAACCUUGACAACUCUAUCAGCAAAGAAGAUUCCAACCGCGAAGAUCUCAACCGCGAAGAAGAUUCCGACCGCAAAGAUCCCCACCGCAAAGAAGAUUCCGACUGCAAAGAAGAUUCCAACCGCAAAGAAGAUUCCAACCGCAAAGAAGAUUCCAACCGCCACCCCAACAACUUUUACCACUUUGACAAUGAUGACGACAAUGACUUCGAAGAUCCCAACCCUGUUUUUAGACUUGAGCUGCCUCCUAAGGGUGGAAUCUUACAAGAAGAUAGGUCAAGAGUCCCUGCAGCAACAAUCCAAGAGCUCCAUGAUUCUCUCAACGACUUCGCAAAGGCCCACGGCUACGCUGUGAUUAGGAAAAACGCGUCAAACUACAUCAACAACCAGGCAACUCGAUAUGUUAUUCGCUGUGACCAGUCCUUCCAACCUCAGCCCUCUCAAGCAACGAUACGGAAGACAAAAUCGCGCAAAACCAACUACCCCUUUCGCAGCUUUGCUGUUGCCCAGAUAUAUUACAACAACAAGGAUCCCGCCUUUCACAUCCACAACCAUCAAGCCUCUAGCAAUCCAUCGGCCCAUCCAAUGCAUCGCAAGAUGACUGCCAAGGCCCUUGAGAUAAUCAAAGCGCAGUCACAGCAGGUUGGAAUACAGUCCCGCGAUGUGGCAGGCAUUGUCCAAGACAACCUGCCCAGCUCUGUAUAUACCCAGAAAGACAUUAGUAACACCCGCCAUCAACUUCGCCUUCAAGAGUUGGAUAGGUAUACUUCUGCUAGCGCGCUGCUUAAGAAAUUCAACGACAGGAACAUCAACUACAUCCACAAGAUAGAUCCUAACAACCCAGACCAGCUGCUUGGCAUCAUCUUUACCUUCCCUUAGUGUGAGGGCAUAUAGAAGCGCCAUGGCAAGGUCCUUUCGAUUGACAACACAUACAGCACCAAUAAGAGUCGAUAUCCUCUUCUUGUGAUAACCACAACCACUAGGCUCAAUACAGUUGCCAACCUAGCGUUUAGGCUCAUCAACGACGAGAAAAGGGAGUCUUUUGACUUCCUUAUAGACAGCUUAAACCAGAUGCAGGCCAAGAUCAACACUCCAGUCCCCCAUGUAGUAGUGACUGACCAAGACAAGCAGCUUCGUAGCGCUGUACAGGCAGUAUUUCCAGCCACGCAGCUUCAAAUCUAUAUCUUCCAUAUAAACAAGAACGUUCUCCUUCAAGCCAAGACAAAGUAAAAGCAGGAAUCAGGUUCAGACUCUUCUAGCAGUG